CACACGCGUUGAAUUCGCGUCAGCGACGGCGAAUGCUUCGUCAUGCGGGCAUCCGACGAUCAGCAGCAUCGGCGGAGCGACGCGUCGUCGACGUGAAAACGACGUCCCUUGACCUCGUGGUGGGCGAUGCGUUUCCCGGAGUCGGUGGCCGCGUCGACGACAGCGAACGCUGAAAGAAGCGAUACGAUGAUGAGCGCGUUCUAUCGCAAGGCCGUAGCCGUGAGCGAGGACGACGGUGGUGAGACGGCGACCGGCUACCGACAGAAGAUGUCGCCGCGCCGUUCGUUCAUGAUCGCUGACAUUUUGACGGCGCCGCCGGGUACACCCCUGGCCGACUCCCCGCUCUGCCUGGGCCCGUCUCCCAUGCACGUCCGCGGAUCGGCGGUGACCUCGCAGGGCGGUGCGGCCGGUGGACCGACUUGCCUGCAGACGCCGCCGCUGGGUCCCAUAUACUCUCAGGGAUCGGCCGUGGCCGCGUUCCUUCCGGCCGCCCACUUCAUCGGCAAGUCCAUCGAACAAGGAUCCUUCCUUCUGUCGCCAGGGCUGGCGUUUCCGAGCCUGUUCGGGGGCCCGGGCAGCUGCGAGCCCGGUUCACGUCCCUGCCGCCGCCGCAAGGCGCGCACCGUGUUCAGCGACCAGCAACUGCACGGACUCGAAAAACGCUUCGAGGCACAGCGCUACCUCUCCACUCCCGAGCGCCUCGAGCUGGCCACCGCGCUCAGCCUGUCCGAAACACAGGUUAAAACGUGGUUCCAGAACCGGCGCAUGAAGCACAAGAAGCAGAUGCGCAAGGUGGGCGAGGACACUUCGUCGACAGCGGUGGCGACCAGACAUGCACUGACGGACGACUCGAACCCGGGAUCCUGCGGCUCAGACCUGGAUGGCGAACUGGACGUCGUCGGAGACGGCGGCGCGGCGCGGUAGAGAGGCGCCAAGCCUUCUGCAACAAGGGCAGCUAUUACUCGACUGGCUGAUCUUCUGAUGUGUAUAUAUACAUAUGGCGACCAACAAUUAUAGUUAUGAUGAGCGUGUACAUUGACUUGGCGACGUUACAGCAGCGAGCACGGACAAGUUGAAAGAUUAUGCCGCUUUCCGUAUCGCUCCUGAGGGAUAAUGUAAUAAUUGUUGCGAC